AUGUCCCCUGACAUCCGGCUCUCCACCUCCUGGUUGAGCCGGGUGGUUCUGCUCUUCGCCUGCUUCUCACAUGCCUUCUACAUCCCUGGUUAUUCAAUACGGAGCUAUCGAGACGAUGAGAACAUCCCCCUUCUCGUGAACAAGGUCUAUUCCGACACCAGUCAGCUCCAGUAUGCUUACUUCGACCUCCCGUUCGUCUGCCCUCCCACCGGCCACAAGCAUCAUGGCUCGUCCUUCGCCAGUGGCCACAGCCUACCUCUCAACCUGGGAGAAGUCUUGAGAGGCGACAGAAUCAAGACGUCGGAUCUGGAAGUCAACAUGGGUCAAGACCUUGAUUGUCAAUACCUGUGCGACCGAGUCAUCGGCCGGGAAGAGAUGAAAUGGGCGCAAUCGCUGAUCGAAGGCGAUUUUCUCGCAGAAUGGAUCCUUGACAACCUCCCUGGAGCUACCUCGUUCGUCACCGUGGACCGAAGUCGGAAGUACUACUCUACCGGGUUCAAGAUGGGGUAUAAGGAUUUCGACGUGGCCACGGGAAAAGAGCGAUACUACCUAUAUAACCAUCAUACCCUGGUCGUUCGCUGGCGGAAGGCUCCCGGUAAAUCCGGAGAUAAUGGGGGUAAGGUCAUUGUAGGAUUUGAAGUCUACCCGAAGAGCAUCAGCGGAGGGCACCGCAACGAAACCGGAUGUCCACUCGACGUGUCGGGAGAGCAAGACUCCCUUGCUCUUUACAUUCCCACGAACAGCAGCAAAUUGAGGGAACAAUACGCAGACUCGUCCUACGUCCCAGCCGAGCCCACUGAUGAUGUGGAUGACGAUGCCACCAUGACCAUUCCAUAUACCUAUUCAGUCUACUUUCGAGAAACCAACGAUAUCGAAUGGGCCAAUCGAUGGGAUCUCUACUUCAGCGAUCAGACUGAGAGCUCGCCCACCCACUGGCUAGCCAUUGUCAACUCGCUGAUUAUUUCCGGCAUCUUGGGCGCGGUCUGCAUCGUGAUUUGGGGGCGGACCAUGCAAGGAGACGUCAGAGGUCGAGGCGACGGUGUGCUAGAAGAGGCUCGGCUACGCAUUACCAAGCGAGCAGAGAAGAAGAAGACCGGCAGCGGUAUCCUUGAAAAAGGGUCUGAGGCGGGCCCUGAGGAAGAGCUCUUGUCCGAUGAAGAGCCGCUGGAAGAAGUCAGUGGAUGGAAGCUUCUGCACGGUGAUGUGUUCAGGCCACCACCAUAUGGUGGACUUCUGGCUCCUCUGAUCGGUUCUGGGAUGCAACUUGUUUUCAUGAUCGUCGGCCUCCUGUCGCUCAGUUGCGCCGGCAUCUUGAAUCCCAGUUGGCGAGGAGGAUUCUGGAAUGUCGGCGUCGGGCUCUUUGUGUUGGCAGGCGGGUUCUCGGGAUAUCUCUCUGCGCGAGUUUACAAAACCUUUGGGGGCCAGAACUGGCGCAAGAACACGAUGAUGACUGCCCUACUUUUCCCCGGCUUACUCUUCACCCUUGUCUUUGUGCUAAAUCUGUUCACCUGGGCGCAAGCAUCCUCGACUGCCCUUCCCUUCUGGACCCUGGUGGGAUUGGCCUGUCUCUGGCUUCUUAUCCAGCUUCCGCUGGUUCACCUCGGUUCGUAUAUCGGCUUCUACAGAUCAACAGCUUGGGAACAUCCGACUCGAACGAAUCCCACACCUCGACAGAUUCCGCCGCAGGUGUGGUAUACGAAACAUCAAAUUACCCUUGCCUUGGGAGCCGGUCUGAUCUCUUUUGCGGUUCUCUUCAUCGAACUCAUCUUCGUGUUCAAGUCGCUCUACCUUGAUAAAUCAUCUUACUACUAUGUCUUUGGCUUCUUGAGCAUAAUUUCGACUUUGCUCUCCAUCACCAUCGCCGAGACGGUAAUCAUCACGACAUACAUACAACUCUGUGCCGAGAACUACCACUGGUGGUGGCAGUCCUUUUUUGUGGGAGGAGCGUCUGGGUUUUGGAUCUUUGUCUAUUCGAUGUGGUAUUAUGCGACCCGACUGCAUAUUGAAGGGUUUGUCAGCAGCCUCCUGUUUUUCAGCUACAGCGCGCUUGCGUGUACGGUGUAUUCACUGGCGACGGGGACGAUUGGCUUCCUGACGGCGUACAUGUUCAUCCGGCGGAUAUAUGGGGGGGUCAAGGUAGAUUGA